AUGUCACGGCGAUUUGCAUCGCGAAACUUUGAUGUUCCAGUACGACGAGCAAUGCAGGGACACCCGUUCGACGCACUGGCCUUAGACUUUUUUACGCUACAUUACGGGUCACCAGCAUUGGAUCUAGCAUCGUUCCUGUAUAUGUCUACCACUCAGUGGGUGCUUGAAGUGCACUGGGAUGACUUGCUGAACACUUACUGCUCCGCACUAUCCGCGUCCGUCCCACCCGGCGUCCACGUCUCUGGCCGCACAGAAAUUGACGCCGAGAUGGUCGCGACUACUGUCAAAGCGUUCGCCAAAACGAUGAUUGGCCUGCCGUUUUUGUUGCGCACAAAAAACGAUGAACUGGAUUCGUUAGUGACGAGCGACGACCCGGUGGACUACUUUCUUGCGUUGGGUGGCGACAUGGCAACCGAACGCUUGGCUGACAUAGUGAAGCAUUUAGUCAACAUAGACUACACUGAUGUAGGGCGUGAUUUUCACUCUGAUCCAGCUGAGAAUUUAAUCUCAAAAUAG